AUGGAAACCGGGCAGAGCGCACCGGCGUCGGACAUGGGGGGAGACCACACAGCUGGGGUGUGUGUGGUGGAGCGGGACCGGGACCGAGAGAGGGGCGACGUGUCCAGCCCCAGUCCACCGACUAAGCAGCGCUCUCUGCGGGUCGUCUACGUCUUGAACGAUGGGCUUAAGUCGGUGAUGGCGAGCAGCCCGGAGUCCGGAGCGCUACAGUGUUUGCAGAGAGCCUGCGAUUCGGAGAGCGCCCUGCUCACCACCGUCACCUUCGGAAGGUUGGACUUUGGAGAAACAUCAGUACUGGACAGUUUCUAUGAUGCAGACAUUGCAGUCGUGGAUAUGAGCGACGUGUGUCGGCAGCCCUCCUUGUUUUACCACCUGGGCGUGAGGGAGAGCUUUGACAUGGCCAACAAUGUCAUCUUAUACCAUGACACCGACCCCGACACUGCCCAGUCACUGAAGGACAUGGUGGCACAGAAAAACACAGCUGCUCGUCCUCCACCGUUAGGUUUUCCCUGGGUUCAGUUGCCUCCAGAAUACAGAGGCUCUGGACUGAGGAAUAAAGCAUCCAGUGGUAACUACUACUUCAUCCCCUACAUAGUCACUCCUAACCACGAGUAUAUGUGCUGUGAAAGUGAUGCCCAACGGAGGGCAAGCGAGUACAUGCAGCCCAACUGGGAUAACCUGCUGGGUCCGCUGUGCGAUCCCCUGACCGACCGCUUCACCAGCCUGCUGAAGGAUAUCCACGUAACAUCCUGUGCUUCCUUUAAGGACACCCUGCUCAACGAUAUCAGGAAGGCUAGGGAGAAGUACCAAGGAGAGGAGCUGGCUAAGGAGCUUUCACGCAUUAAACUUCGAAUUGAUAACACAGAGGUCCUAACACAGGACAUUGUCAUGAACCUGCUGUUUUCCUACAGAGAUAUACAGGACUAUGAUGCCAUGGUGAAACUGGUGCAGACUCUGGAGAUGCUGCCAACAUGUGAUCUGGCUACCCAGCCCAUGAUCCAGUUUCAUUACUCCUUUGCCCUCAACAGGAGGAAUGCUCCUGGAGACAGGGAGCAGGCUCUCAGAGUGAUGCUGCAGGUGUUGCAGUCCUGCGAACAUCCUGCACCAGACAUGUUCUGCCUCUGUGGACGAAUCUACAAGGACAUUUUUCUCGACUCUGACUGCAAAGACACUAAAAACAGGGACAACGCCAUUCAGUGGUACAGAAAGGGCUUUGAGCUGCAGCCCACUCUGUACUCGGGUAUUAACCUAGCUGUCCUCCUCAUAGUUGCUGGCCAGCAAUUCGAGAGCUCCAUGGAACUCAGAAAAAUAGGGGUGAGGUUGAACAGCUUGCUGGGGCGCAAGGGUUCCUUGGAAAAGAUGAAUAACUACUGGGACGUCGGCCAAUUCUUCACCGUUAGCAUGCUAGCGAGUGACAUUCCUAAAGCUACUCAGGCUGCAGAGAAGCUCUUCAAGCUGAAGCCACCUGUUUGGUAUUUGCGUUCAGUAGUGCAGAACUUACAGCUGAUCCAAAGGUUUAAAAAGCAAAAUGUGGAGCAUUCUCCUCAGAGAGAGAAACUCAACUUCUGGAUGGACAUCAUCGUCGAGGCCACACAGUGCACCACCAACAGACUGCGGUUUCCAGUGCUGAUUCUGGAGCCGACCAAAGUUUACCAGCCGUCCUAUGUGUCCAUCAACAAUGAGGCUGAAGAGAAGAACGUCUCCAUCUGGCAUGUUUCUCCUGCUGAAACGAAAGGUAUUCAUGAGUGGAACUUCACUGCAAUGUCCAUCAAAGGCAUUAGUAUCAGUAAGUUCGAUGAGCGUUGCUGCUUCCUCUACGUCCACGAUAACUCGGAUGACUUCCAGAUCUAUUUCUCUACUGAGGAGCAGUGCGGUCGGUUCUGCUCCAUGGUGAAAGAGAUGAUAUCUGAUGGUACUGGGAAUGCUGUGGAGCUGGAGGGGGAGGGUGAUGGAGAUACGCUAGAGUAUGAAUAUGACACCGAUGAGACAGGGGAAAGGGUAGUGUUGGGUCGUGGCACCUAUGGAGUGGUGUAUGCUGGGAGAGAUCUCAGCAACCAAGUCCGAAUUGCCAUCAAAGAGAUCCCUGAAAGAGACAGCAGGUACUCUCAGCCCCUUCAUGAAGAGAUCGCUCUUCACAAGUACCUGAAGCACAGGAACAUUGUUCAGUAUUUGGGCUCCAUUUCUGAGAAUGGAUACAUUAAGAUCUUCAUGGAACAAGUGCCUGGAGGAAGUCUGUCUGCAUUGUUACGGUCGAAAUGGGGCCCCCUGAAGGAGGCAACAAUUAUCUUCUACACCAGACAGAUUCUGGAAGGUCUCCGAUACCUGCAUGAAAACCAGAUCGUCCAUCGAGACAUCAAGGGUGAUAAUGUGCUAGUUAACACCUACAGUGGUGUCUUGAAGAUCUCUGACUUUGGUACCUCAAAACGGUUGGCAGGAGUCAAUCCCUGUACAGAAACAUUCACAGGUACCUUGCAGUACAUGGCUCCAGAAAUAAUUGACAAGGGCCCUCGAGGCUAUGGGGCACCAGCUGACAUUUGGUCCCUGGGAUGUACCAUUAUAGAAAUGGCCACUGGGAAACCUCCCUUUCAUGAGCUGGGGGAACCACAGGCAGCCAUGUUUAAGGUUGGCAUGUUUAAAAUUCACCCAGAGAUUCCGGAGUCUUUGUCACAGGAGGCCAAGUCAUUUAUUCUACGUUGCUUUGAGCCCGACCCUCACAAGAGGGCCAUCGCCUUGGACCUGCUCAGAGACACUUUUGUCAGGCACAACACCAAGGGCAAGAAGAGUAAGAUCGCCUUCAAAUCACCAGACUAUAUCCCUAACAUCUCCCUGCCAGUGCAGGUGCAAGGCGAGGCCGCUGGCAGUAGCAGCAGUGAGCACGGCUCUGUGAGUCCCGACUGCGACGCGAAACACGACAUAUUCUUUGACAAGAGGAAAAGCUCUGGCUCCAAGAAUCUGCUCAAACCUCCCAGUUCUAACUACCUGAGUGUGCCUGAUGAGGGUUCAGUAUCAGAGGACCGCUCUGUUCCCCCAUCUCCUGAGGACAGGGACAGUGGUUUGUUCAUGCUAAAGAAGGACAGCGAGAGACGGGCCAUUCUGUACAAGGUCCUCAAUGAAGACCAGGAAAAGGUCAUCUCCAACCUCAGGGAAAAUCACAUGCAGGGUAGCGAGGAUCUCCAGCUGUCCAUCGAUCACAUCAAGCAGAUCAUCUGCAUCCUUCGAGACUUCAUCCAUUCCCCGGAGCGGCGCGUCAUGGCGGCCACCAUCUCCAAGCUCAAGCUGGACCUCGACUUUGACUCCACAUCCAUCAACCAGAUUCAGCUGGUGUUGUUUGGUUUCCAGGACUCGGUGAACAAGGUCCUGAGAAAUCACCACAUUAAACCCCACUGGAUGUUUGCCAUGGAUAACAUCAUCCGACGAGCUGUGCAGGCUGCAAUAACCAUCCUUAUACCAGAGCUGCAGACCCACUUUGGCCCGGCGUCAGAGUGUGAAGGAGCAGAGAAGGAAGACGAGGUCGAUGAGGAGGAAGCAGAGUUUGGACCCAUUUUAGUGCAGCACACUGACGAGACGGGAACAACGUCCGAUCCCACACACUCUGCGGUCAGCACUGUGAACUCCUCCCACUCCCAUGAACAUCAACGCUCACACCAUCAUCUAGGCGCCCAGCUGGGCAGGCUCAAACACGAAACCAACAGGCUGCUGGAUGAGCUGCUACAAAAGGAGAAGGAGUACCAGCAGGUCUUGAAAGCCACCCUGCAGCAGAGAACACAUGAUUUAGAGUUGGUCCAAGUCAGACACAGACCCCCAGACAUUUCACCUCCAUCCAUCCACCACAUCCCAGCAGACCAUGAGCCAGACAAGCAGCUCAUCGACUGGCUGAAAGAGCAGGGCGCAGACCCCGACACCAUAGACAAGUUUGUUCUUGAGGAAUACACACUGACGGACAUUCUUCGUGACGUUACCAAAGAGGACCUCCGGUGCCUACAUCUACGGGGCGGAAUCCUCUGCCGGAUCUGGCGAGCCAUCCAGCGGCACAGAGAGCGAGACAGGCUGGCGAACGACAAGUGCUCAGAAAACAAUGCAUGA